CAAACAGAGUCAUGUGCUCCAGGCCUUUAUAUACAGUCUAUGGUUCCAGACCCACAGAGGCACACAUUAUACAUGAGCAGGGUUUCGAUCGCACCUCGCAGACAGUAACCUGUGAUCGGUCAACUAAUCUCCGGGCUCCGCGGCCGGGGCAUGCCCCGCCAUGUUCGACUUACACAGCGGCUGGAACCUGUCCUUUGCCGGGUGCGGCUUCCUGGGGAUUUACCACAUCGGAGUUGCCAGCUGCUUGCUGGAGAAAGCGCCUUACCUCGUCGAAGGGGCGACCAAGCUGUGCGGAGCCUCUGCCGGGUCUCUCACCGCCUCGGUGCUCGCCAGCCAGGCAUCCAUAACUAAAUGCUGUCAAGAUGUGAUUGAAGUAGCGAAGGAGGCCAGGAAGAGGAACCUGGGUCCCCUUCACCCAACCUUCAACCUGGUCAAGGUGAUCAAGUCAGGCCUAGAUCGUGACCUGCCCUCUGACGCUCAUGUCCGGGCCUCGGGGCGGCUGUGUGUCUCGCUGACCAGAGUGUCUGACGGAGAAAAUGUGCUGAUAUCAGAGUUUAGCUCCAAAGAGGAACUCAUUCAGGCACUGAUUUGUAGCUGUUUCAUCCCCAUCUACUGUGGGCUGAUUCCUCCAUCUUUCAGAGGAGUGCGGUAUGUGGAUGGUGGGAUCAGCGACAAUCUGCCGCAGUCGGAGCUGAAAAACACCAUCACCAUCUCUCCAUUUUCUGGGGAGAGCGACAUCUGCCCUAAGGACAACUCCACCAGCUUCCACGAGCUACGCUUCACCAACAGCAGCAUCCAAAUGAAUUUGGGCAACAUGUACCGUCUCAGCAGAGCUCUGUUUCCACCAGAACCCAAGGUGUUGGCUGAGAUGUGUCAAAGUGGUUAUAAAGACGCUCUACGCUUCCUUGAAGAGAACAACCUGCUGAUGUUAGAGCGUCCAACCCCUGGACUCACCCUGCCAGAGAGCGCCUCCGAUUGCUGCUGCAAACCUACUGAAACAACCAAAGAGUGGGUGCUGCGGAGGCUCCACCUCCAUCGUAAACAGCACUGGUGGUUGGAUGAGCAGAUCAUUCUGCCUACACCCAUCAAGAAAGUGUUCUGCGAGGCCUGCCAAGAUAAGCCUGGUCUGUUUGCCAAGGUGUCGGAGAUGCUGCCAGUGAGAGUGGCCUCCUACAUGCUGAUGCCAUACACACUUCCUGUACAGUCGGCCUACUCAGUGGCACAGAGGUUUGUGGAGUGGAUCCCAGAGGUGCCAGCUGAUGUGGGCUGGCUGUUUGGCGUGGCUGCGGAUGUGUACCGGCAGGCCCGGAAAGGACAACCCGUCCACUCCAUCAGUGAGCCAUGUCUGAGGAAAUGCUCGAGUGUGCCACCUCUACCUGCAGACCGUGACAACCCUGCACAAAGAGACAAGCUGCCCACUCUUUCCUCAUUAGACCUCCAUGGCAACUACUGGGAAAUCCACAACUCUACCUCCUCGUCCUCGAACAAGAACCAUCAUCCUCACAUCACCCCCACCUCUCCACAACAAGUCUGCUUCUUUGUCAGCUCGCAGGACGAAUCCCACAGCCAUGCACAGCAGUGAGAGAUCCAGGACUUUUAAAACAGUGACGUGAUUGAGUUUCCAUUCUGUGAGGAGCUGCAGGACUAAUGAUCAAAGUCUUGUAAAUGUUUAAAGGAGACACACAUUUUUGACACUCACUCUGAACACUCCCAGUAGUACAAAGUGUGUUAUUUUUUAGUGAGCUCUGUGGAAGACAACAUUACAAUUUACUCAGGAUCACAGUUGUGUGUUUACCAGCCCUGCUGUUGGGGGUGGGGGGACGGGACGGGACGGGCACAUACAUAAGUAUGAUCAUUUCUUUACUGAAAAUACAAUUUGUUCUACUCCACCACCCCAUGUGAAGAUGGUGCGGCAGAAACACUUCAGUCAGACGAUCAGAACAGAAUAGGUGCUGAGCACUGACUUGUUAAUAUACAGUAUAACUGUCACAGUCUAAAAGGAUUUAAUUACAAGCAAAUCAAUAUGUAAUAUGAGUCAAUAAAAGUGAUAAUAAAAAACAGAAUUGUACACAA